AUGGAUGGCGGCGGGGACCUGAUCAGCGUCCUCCCGGACGGCGUCCUCGGCGAGAUCGUCACCCGCCUCCCCACCGCCGACGCCGUCCGCGUCCAGGUCCUCUCCACCCGGUGGCGCCACAUCUGGCGCUCCUCCCCGCUCAACCUCGAUCUCCGUUCCCCAAACUACUACGACGACUACAAGCGCCUCGUGUCCGGAAUCCUCGCGGCCCACCUUGGCCCCGGCCGCCGCCUCAAAGUCGACUGGCCGUACGACGACGGCGAGUCCUACAACCGCUGGCUUCAGUCCCCCGCCCUCAUCGGUCUCCAGGAGCUCGGGAUUGAGGCAGGGUACACUGCCGGGCUGGAAGACACGAGAGCACCACUGCCGCGGCGGGGCAACACAAGAGCACUGCCAGAGCGGGCAUUAUUCCAAUUCGCUCCCACGCUGCGCCUCCUAAAGAUCGGCUACCACACCUUCCCCUCCGCCGAUUCAUCCACAACGAACGACUACGACUCGUACUUCUUCGACUACGACUUCUACGACUUCGACUACGAAAAUAUGAGGGUGAGGGUGACGACGUGGCAGGUUAUCAUCGAGGAUGCCCCUCUCCUAGAGAAGCUGAUUCCCUGCCGCCGCUCGGCUAGUGCUGAAUCUUUCCAGCUACUAGUGCACAGCGCUCCCAGACUCAGGGUCCUGGGAUCCCUGUCCUCCAGCAUCCCCAAGUUGGAGAUUGGCGGCACCGUCUUUGCAACGACCAUCCGCCGUGUCAACCGUGUGAGACCUGACAAUGUUAUCAUGGAGAAGCGUUUGCUGAUGCAGGCCGACAUGCUGGCAACGACACUGCGAACCGUCAAGAUCUUGGCUCUGGAAGAUGCAGAUUCCAUUGAUGUCGUCAGCAACUACUUGAAGUGUUUUCCAUGCUUGGAAAAGCUAUACAUCUCGGCAUCACAAGGAUACAGAAGUGCUGCAAGCUAUGAUAAACAAAAUCCCAUCGAGUGCCUUGAGCAUCAUCUUAAAAUGGUAGCAUUAGAUGUAUAUGAUGGCAUACGACCACAUGUCAAGUUUGCCCAAUUCUUUGUUCGAAAUGCCCGGUUGCUAGAGUUGAUGAAGUUCAGAAUCUUUAGAAACUACGACUGUGAACCUGGGAGGACCAAGGAAUGGAUUGAGGAUCAGCAAAGGCAACUACAAGUCAGGAGCAUGGCUUCCCGACAUGUUAAGUUUCAUUUUGUACAUGAUGCUAGAUAUUAUCAAGAUGUUUACUGUGGCGAGGAUAUCAGUGACCUGUCAGAGCACAUCCAUGAUUCCUCAAGAGAUGACCCAUUUGAUCAAUGGUUUGAAUCAGAGAAGGAAGCCCUGGCGUGCUGA